GAUCGCUUAUUGUCUGCUGAAAUUUUCGUUCUGAAAACAGAAACUGAAAAGGAAGAUAUCGAGAUCCUUAUCAUUACGAGCACCGCACCGAAAUGGAUAGCGCCGGCAAUCCACAAGAUGUUCUUGUACCACCAGUUGAAGGUGUUGCCGGAGGAGGGACAGCUUAUGGAUGGAGUGAUGGUGGUAUAGAUAGCUCAACUCGGCUGAGGGGUUCAAUUGAUCCCAGAGAGGUUCCCACUGAAGAUUUAGUGCAUGUGUGGUGCCUGCCAAGCACAGCAAAUGUUGGAGCACAAGAAAUGCCCAGACCUCUGGAGCCUAUAAAUCUUCUUGCGGCUAGAAAUGAGAGGGAGAGUGUUCAAAUUGCUAUCCGUCCAAAAGUCUCCUGGGGUGGUUCUGGUAUUGCAGGGUUUGUGCAGGUUCAAUGUACUGACUUGUGUUCCACAUCUGGUGAUCGGUUGCUUGUUGGUCAAUCAUUAAAAUUGCGACGCGUGGCUCCUAUUUUAGGUGUACCUGAUGCUCUUGUACCUCUUGAUCAUCCAAUUAGUCAAAUAAGCCUACAACCUGGGGAAACAACUGCUGUUUGGGUUUCAAUAGAUGUUCCAAGCGAACAGCUGCCAGGUCUAUAUGAAGGAGAGAUCAUCAUUACUGCCAUGAAGUCAGAUGCAGGAUCCUCAACACAACAAUGCCUGGGCAGAACUGAGAAGCAUCAAUUAUACAUGGAACUUCGGAACUGUCUUGACAUUGUGGAGCCCAUUGAGGGUAAACCAUUGGAUGAAAUGGUAGAAAGAGUGAAAUCUGCAACUACAUCUUUAAGAAGAGUUCUUCUUUCUCCAUCAUUUUCUGAGUUCUUUUCAGAUAAUGUGCCAGUUGAUAUGAUGGAUGAAGAUGCCAUAUCAAACCUUUCAGUACGGGUGAAGCUUUGUUUGACGGUUUGGGACUUCAUCCUUCCUGCAACUCCAUCGCUACCUGCUGUAUUUGGUAUAUCUGAUACUGUAAUUGAGGAUCGUUUGGGUGUUGAACAUGGUAGUGAUGAGUGGUAUGAGGCAUUGGAUCAACAUUUCAAGUGGCUUCUUCAAUACAGGAUCAGCCCCUAUUUUUGCAGAUGGGGUGAUAGCAUGCGUGUUUUGACAUACACGUCUCCCUGGCCAGCUGAUCAUCCAAAAUCAGACGAAUAUUUAUCUGACCCACGAGUAACAGCAUAUGCUGUCCCAUAUACUCCAGCAGUUUCCAGUAAUGUUGCAGCAAGGGAUUACUUGCAGAAAGAAGUUGAGAUCUUGAGGACAAAGCCUCAUUGGAAGAAAGCUUAUUUCUAUUUAUGGGAUGAGCCACUGAACAAGGAACAUUAUGAAUCUGUUCGCUACAUGGCAAGUGAGAUUCAUGCUUAUGCUCCUGAUGCUCGUAUCUUGACUACAUACUAUUGUGGACCAAGUGAUGCACCUCUUGCCCCUACUCCUUUUGAGGCUUUUGUUAAAGUCCCAAAGUUCCUGCGCCCUCAUACUCAAAUAUAUUGUACAAGUGAGUGGGUGUUUGGUAAUAGAGAGGAUCUGGUAAAAGAUGUGAUUGGUGAAUUGCAGCCAGAAAAUGGUGAGGAAUGGUGGACAUAUGUAUGCAUGGGACCAUCUGAUCCCCAUCCAAAUUGGCAUCUUGGGAUGCGUGGAACACAGCACCGUGCUGUUAUGUGGCGUGUGUGGAAAGAAGGUGGGACUGGUUUUCUAUAUUGGGGUGCCAACUGCUAUGAGAAGGCAACAGUUCCCAGUGCAGAGAUAAGAUUUAGGCGGGGCCUUCCCCCAGGUGACGGAGUUUUGUACUAUCCUGGAGAAGUGUUCUCAUCAUCACGCGAACUUGUUGCUUCAGUUAGACUAGAGCGCAUCCUCAGUGGCUUGCAGGACAUCGAAUAUCUGAGGCUCUUUGCUUCCAGAUAUGGUAGGGAUGAAGGGCUUGCUCUUCUGCAGAAGACAGGUGUAUAUCUAGGUCCUGAGCGUUACACACUUGAUCACACGCCAAUUGAUGUCAUGCGGGGUGAGAUCUUCAACUCUUGCAGACCAUGAAUGCUUGUUGUCUCUAAUUUGUUUCCCCCCCUUUCUUUUUUUCUUUAUACUUUUUUCUUCUUCUUUUUUUUUUGUAAUGUAGUAUCAAUUCAUGCCAUUCCAGUUUCUUAAAUGUUUACACGGUAAAAAAAAAAAAACGAAAAACAAAAAACACAAAACCUCGAAGACUCAUGAAGAGUGUUCGAAUGUGUAUGAAGCACAUAACUAGGAUCACAUAAAAAAGAUUCAAGAUU